AGUUUAGUGAAUUGCAAGGCUUGAUUUGUUGCAAUUUAAUGUUUGUAUCAAAUGUCCUUCCAUGAUUGUUUUUCUUAAGUUAGUGUCUUCACCCAGCAGUCAAGGAUUAAGGCCAGCUUUGUGUUUUGAUCCAGAAUAUAUUACAGACAUUGCAGAAAUUCUUGAUGUUGAACUCUAAAUAAUGUUUGAAAUCAUUUUAAUUUAUCUUAAUAACAUACUUGCAUGUAACUAUUUUAUCACAUUAAUAUUGUUUUCUUAAUCCUUUUUGAAAUCUUUCUUGUUUAUAAAGAUUGACAGGGAUCCACAAGAGCCUCAUCCUCCAGGUUUUUAUUUUGAAUUCAAGUAAUGGAUUGUAUUCUUCUCAUGUUGACCUACACUAUGGAGCCACACCUUCGUUCCAAAGCCUGCUGAACACGCUAAUGGUUAGAAAUCUAGUGUUAAUCAAUCAAAGUGGUGUUAACAAUGCUCAUUUUCCUAUCUACACCCCGAAGACCAAUUUUUAGACUCACAGUAACACUUCUUUGGGUAGUAACCGAAUUCCAAUUAGCACUCCAAUGGUUCCUUAUGAAAUUUGUGGUAACGCCACGGGCAUCAACAAUCAGAAUCAAGUAACAACAAAAGGACUAAAAAAAAGUUAGAGAUGUCCAAACAUCAAGUGGCAAAAAAGAUUGGAGUGUUGAAGAAGAAGAAGCUUUAACAAACGCGUGGUUGAAUGUGUCCUUGGACCCUAUUGUGGGUAACAAUCAUAAAGCUACUGCCAUGUGGGUUCGUAUCCAUCAAGUAUGGAAGGAAAACAUGGGGCCGGGAUGCAAAUAUCUUAGAUCAUCUAAUAGUUUACAAUGCCAUUGGUCCAUAAUACAUGCAGCGGUAAACAACUUUGCAGGACAUUAUUCUAAACUAGAGAGGCAUCCUCAGAGUGGUACAAACUCAAAAGAAUUGAUUCACAAGGCGUUGGGUAUGUACGAGGAUAUAGAAGGUAGCAAAUUCAAAUGGGUUCAUUGCUGGGAAAUAAUGAUUAAAAAUCUAAAAUGGCAGUCGAAACAUGAUAAGAACAUUACACCAGAUACGCAAGCGGGUGAUGAAAACAAGUCGCCUACAUCUGAAAAACUUUGUUGAAUAUCAUGAUGAUAACAAAACACCUGAAAGUAAUAACGGUGAUGGUGUGGGACGACCAACAGAAAGAAAAAAGAGUAAAGAAAAGAAGAGAAAAUUGCGUGAUGAAAAUGGAGUGGUGGAUGCAUUAAGCAAGUUGCAGUCCACUUUGGCAAAACAGAUUAGUAUCAACGAAAAAACUUUGGAGAUGAGAACAAAAAUUGAAGAAGAAAAUAUCCAGUUGAAACGACAAGCACUGAACAGAGAGAUGGAAAAGAAGAUGAAGGAACAAAGGAGAAAAUGCCAAGAACGAGUAAUGAACCAAGAUUUAAGUAAGCUUACUCCUGUAGCUAGAGCUUCAUAUGAAGCCAUGCAAGCCAAGAUUUUGAAAGAAUGGGAAAACGAUGAGAUAUUUAAAACUGAUAUGGCAAACUCACAGGAAUUUGAGGCGGAGUAUGGUGACAAUACAGCAAAAGACCUAUUGAGGUUUUGUGUGCUGUUAGGUACGAAGCAAGUCGUUGAUACUCAUGAGUAUAAGCUAAACCGAACUGGGUCCCUUGCAAAAAGAUGUACGCCUGAUCUCGGGCAGGACUGA